CGCAUCGCACCGCCCAUCCCCUGUCGGAGGCGAUGGCGCGAACGUCGAUGUCCGCCGGGGGAAGGGCGGGGAGAAGAGCCCGCCCUUGCCCUGCCCCGCCGCAGUCUCCAACCAGGUCGGACUGCUGGCAAUAUAGAGCCGCGCUGGCGCCUGCUCCCGCCGCACACCCUUUGAGUUGAGAAGAGUGAGAAGUAUGUCUGGUAGAGGCAAAGGCGGGAAGGGGCUCGGCAAGGGCGGCGCUAAGCGCCACCGCAAAGUGCUGCGAGACAACAUCCAGGGCAUCACCAAGCCAGCUAUCCGCCGCCUGGCUCGUCGUGGCGGCGUGAAACGCAUCUCGGGGCUCAUCUACGAGGAGACGCGCGGUGUGCUGAAAGUCUUCCUGGAGAACGUGAUCCGUGACGCUGUCACCUACACGGAGCACGCCAAGAGAAAAACGGUCACAGCCAUGGAUGUGGUGUAUGCUUUGAAGCGCCAGGGACGCACUCUCUACGGCUUCGGCGGCUAAUACUCCGUUUUUGGACAA